AUGAGUAACAGAGAUGUCAUCGCCGCCGCUGUGUGCAUCAACGCACCGCUCGCUCAGCUCAGGGACAAGGCUGCGGGAUUCUGCACCGGGGUGGCCACGGCGCUAGCUGCACUCCGGGGUCUUCUCGAGCAGCGGGUGGCGACGACGUCUGAAGCCCAUGAACAUCUCCUCCUCGCCGUAGCCGAUGCCGUCCCCGAUUCCUGCACCAAAGCCACAUGCGCCUGCCAGGACAUCCACUACCCGUUCUGGCUCAACUCCUCCGCGCCCGACUGCGGCUACGCCGGGAUCGGCCUUCUCUGCGAGGACAACUCGACGCUGAUCCUCCCCUUCAAUUCCCACAGAUACAUAGUAUCCAGCAUCGACUACAAGACGCAUACCGUCCUGGUCUCCGACGCCGACAUCGCCGACGAGUACGCGGCCGGCUGCCCGCGGCUCCACAAAAUCAAGAGGAACAUUACCCUGUCAUCUGCCGUGGAGUUGAGUGGGUGCCAACCACAACAACAAGAUGGCAAUAGGUCGUACGUGCUGCGGGAUGGUGGGAUCACGGGUGCUGAGGCGUACGAGUUCGAGUGCGAGGAGGUGGUGGUGGCGCCGGUGCUGGAUGUACACAAGAAAGCAGUCGUGGGCGCGCCUGGCGGUCCGCCUCCGGAGAACGGAUCCUUCCGUGAGGUGCUGCAGGGCGGGUUCGAGUUGAACUACGACACCCACAACCACCAAUGCGACCGAUGCGAGGGCUCCGGCGGAUGGUGCGGCUACCAGCGCGACGAGACGCACGUCGGCGGCUUGACGUUCACCUGUUUCUGCGAGGGCGGCCGGACCACGGAUCGUUGCGUAACAGAUUCUCUUGAGGAGUUUCUAGCUGAAUCUUUGAAGGGCUCUACCAAAUAA